AAUUUGUUGUCAUAUUUGCGUAAUGAAUAUGGAAUUCAAGUUUUCAUAUUUUUCUCAUGAGUAAUGAUAGUUGAAUCAUCUGCCACGGUGGAUGGUCUUCACGGUGUUGUGGUCUUGAGCUUUAUGAAGCGGGCUUGUAAGCAAAGUAAACGUAGUAAAGCAAGAUUAUUGAAUUGACAGGUGGCUGUGUUAUGAGAGAGAAAUAUGAACAGAAUCGACUGUGUACCUGUAACUCCGACAACAGUACCAACUCAAGCACGUACAAAUUCUUGUAAUCUCAAAAAUAUUGAAAUCCGUCUCAACGAUAUGGCCAUUAAAAUAGAUGCUGUUUGGAAGAUCUUUGCUCCUUCAAAAACAGAAAAAAACUGCGCGGAGUAUUACAAAAAAGGAGUGACAACAGAUGGAAUUUACUCAAUUGACCCCGACGGAAAGGGAAGUUUCAAAGUGUUUUGUGAUAUGACAACAUCAGGUGGAGGAUGGACUGUAUUUCAACGUCGUCUUGAUGGAAGUGUUGACUUCUACCGAGGGUGGCAAGAUUACAAACAAGGUUUUGGGGUGCUGGAUGGUGAAUUCUGGCUUGGAUUGGAUAAAAUUCGUAGACUAACGAAGUUAAAAAGAAAUAAUCUUCGUAUUGACCUUGGAGACACAUCGGGCAAUACGAGAUAUGCCGAAUACAGCUAUUUUGCUGUCACGAGUGAACGAGCAAAAUAUCAAUUGAGCGUUGGAACCUACUCUGGUACGGCUGGAGACUCUUUCACAUACCACCGAGGAUCGGCAUUUUCAACAAUCGAUUCAGACAAUGAUGAUUAUCAUGGUGACUGUGCAGUUAUGUAUAAAGGUCCAUGGUGGUACAAAGCUUGUUGUUAUUCCAAUCUUAAUGGUAUGUAUUACCAUGGUGCUCAUAGUCACGGAGAUCACAAAGGCGUCACCUGGCGGCACUGGAAAGGAGCUGAUUAUUCUCUGAAAGACAGUGCAAUGAAGAUUAGACCAGAAACGUUUGGAAUGUGAGAACCUAAUUUAAAUAAUGUUCAUAAUGAUCAUCAAGAACGAUCUUCAAAAAUUGUAAAGUUCAACAUACUGAUAACAAUUGAUUCCAAUCAUAUCUUUCUAUUACGAAGCAAUCAUAGGAAAUGUGAUAGUUAUAAAAAAGUGGU